GCCGUUUAACAGUCAUGGUCGCUUCUCUCGUCGCAAAGGGCGCCCUCAGCGCGGCCCGCUCGUCUGUCUCGAUGCAGACUGCUCGUGCAUUCUCGACCUCGAUGAGUGCCAAGAAGGACUUUGUCCAAGAGAUCUACCUCCGCGAGCUCAAGGCCUACAAGGCCCCCGCCAAGGCUGCCGAUGCACACGUCGGCCAGGUGCGCGACUUCCACGCUCCCAAGCAGCCCCAGGCACCCGCCGUUCCCUCGUCUUCGGACCUCAGCGGCGAGCUCGACGCCUACGCCAAGGCGGAGCCUGACCACGCCGAAAAGCAAACCUCUUCGGGCGCAGAAGUGACGGAGAGCAACGAGGGCGUGCGCGAGUUCCUCGAGGCGGCAAAGGCACCAUACCAGGAAGAGGCCCACCACUAGACUCUGUACCGGAACACAAAAGGAGGAGGCAGAGCCGACAAGCACCUAAUGUAAACUUUUUCUUUCUCGCAAACUGACGUAGGGCCAGAAUGACAAUUUUCUCGUCUAUGAAAAGCAGUGUUACAUUGUCUGGGCGAUGGUAAUGAAGGGAGAAACAAGA